CACGUCAGCUGCUCCUUGUUGCUGUGCAGAUCGCCCAACAUCGGGGCAGCGCUUGCUCACACAGCUGAUAGGAGGGUUAGGAGACAAUGCUUUGUCAGCCUGACUGAGUCCAAGAGAGGCCCAGCACACGCAGGGUGUCAGCAGGCGCUGAGUGGACCCCUCGGACCUAGUCUAAGCCCCCAGUGGAAAGCUCUGAGCAAUCAGCGGGGCUCAGCUCUCUUCUUUUUCUCCUCUAAUCUUCACAGCUACCCUUGAGGUGCCUCCUCCUGGACGGCGGCGGCGGCGGCAGCAGCGGCGCGAUGGGGCCCCUGCGCGACGCCAAGAGGUUGGAGUGAGCAGUGGAAUUUUUGCCAAAUGCCCUUCCCAGGAAUCCAUUUUAGUAAGGCAGGGUGUUGGUGGCCUGAAAAGCACCCGAUCCGAAGCUGGCUCUGCAUGGAGGUGAUGUACACCCUGUACCUCCCUUCGCCUCAGUUUCCUGAUCUGUAAAUAGGGAUGUGGAUUCCUGGGGUCUCUGUGUUGCAGGCUGCGGUUUAAGAAGAACAGAGAUAAAGGCUGGGAGAGCACUUGAAAUUGGAAAACAUUGUCAGAAUAGUAGUUUUAAGCAUUUUAAAGCCAGGAGAUGGCAAAUCUAUUUAAUGCUGUAUUUUUAUGGAGAGAAAAACCUCUUCUCGUGGGUUGUCCUGUAAGGAAAACAAAAGCUAAACAUGAUGUAAAAGGUGGAGCCAUCCUCCUGGGUAUUGGAUCUGUUUGCUUUGCUGUUGGCAACAAGCCCUGGGUACCAGGAUAUUAAUGAAUAAUUAAGAACCUGUCUGGAAGAGGAGGGAUUUUAAAGAUAAGAGUGUGUUAUGUAUCAGAAAAAGAGAGACUCAUCUUAGGUAUAGGUGUCUACUUUGUGAGGAGACGGAAAAACAAGUCAAAUUGGCACAGGAAAGGCGAAAUGGAAGUCUAGAGGAAAUAACUAAUAAGCUGGAAUGUGCUGUGAGUAAUUAGGGAGCUCUGAGAGCCUAAAGCCUGAGUGUGCCAGAAGCCAAGCGAGAAGGUGAGUGAAGAAGGCCUGUGGCAGUGGGUGGAAGCGUGCGUGCGGGGCAAGCGUGCGGGCUGCUGAGUAGAUCAGAGAGAAGCCCAGUCCAGAGUCUGUGAGCUCUUUUCAGUGACAGAUAAGGCCGACUCUGAAGAGUUGCUGUUCAGAGAUGUGACUUCUCGGACACGGGCCCUGGAAGGAGCAGACGGGAGCUUGAGAGGGAGAAACAAGUUUCCUUCUGUUCUCUUUUCGAUGUCGGAUUUUGAGAAGGAGCAGAGGGUGCAGCAUCACGAGAAGGAGAUUCCCAGAAGCCGGAUUCCCCGAUUGAUUCUUCGGCCCCACCUGCCCCAGCAGCAGCAGAAGGUGUCCCCGACCUCUGAGUCUCCCUUCUCGGAGGAGGAGAGCAGAGAGUUCAACCCCAGCGGCUCUGGGCGCUCAGCGCGGACCAUCAGCAGCAACAGCUUCUGCUCAGAUGACACAGGCUGUCCUAGCAGCCAGUCAGUGUCUCCUGUGAAGACGCCCUCGGACACCGGAAACAGCCCCAUUGGCUUUUGCCCUGGAAGUGAUGAAGACUUUACCAGAAAGAAAUGCACAGUUGGAAUUCCUGGGGAGGGAAGCAUCCCAUCAGCUCGGCACAAGAAAGAAUUGAAGUCAGGCCUUGUAAAGCCAGGUAGUGAAGCUGAUUUCAGCUCCUCGAGCAGCACAGGCAGCAUCUCAGCUCCGGAGAUCCAUAUGUCUACAGCCGGAAACAAGCGGUCCGCUUUCUCACGCAAUCGAGGUCCCCAUGGACGGAGUAAUGGCGCUUCGUUGCACAAGUCUGGCAGCAGCCCACCAUCGCCUCGGGAGAAGGACCUUCUGUCCAUGCUGUGCAGGAAUCAGCUGAGCCCCAUUAACAUCCACCCUGGUUACGCCCCUUCAUCCCCGAGUAGUAGCAACUCAGGCUCCUACAAAGGAAGCGACUGCAGCCCAGUCAUGAGGCGGUCUGGAAGGUACAUGUCCUGUGGAGAAAAUCACGGUGUCAAACCCCCCAGUCCAGAGCAGUAUCUGACUCCUCUGCAGCAGAAGGAGGUUACCGUGAGGCACCUGAAGACCAAGCUGAAGGAGUCCGAGCGCCGGCUUCACGGAAGGGAAACUGAAAUCGUGGAGCUCAAGUCCCAGCUAGCUCGCAUGAGAGAAGACUGGAUCGAAGAAGAGUGCCACCGGGUAGAAGCCCAGUUGGCACUCAAAGAAGCCAGGAAAGAGAUUGAACAGCUCAAACAGGUCAUCGAGACCAUGAGGAGCAACUUGGCGGAUAAAGAUAAAGGCAUUCAGAAAUACUUUGUGGACAUCAACAUCCAGAACAAGAAGCUGGAGUCGCUGCUCCAGAGCAUGGAGAUGGCCCACAGCGGCUCCGUGAGGGAUGAACUGUGUCUAGACUUACCGUGCGGUUCCCCGAAGAAAAGCUUAGCUCUCAACACCCCUCUUGGCAAGAUGACAGACGGCUUAUCUGUGGAUGGGCAGGUCACAGAGGAGGGGGCCGACAGUGAGCUGCUGGUGGGAGACAGCAUGGCUGAUGGUGCAGAUCUGCUUGAUGAUGUGGUGACAGCCACCGCCAUAGAAUCUGGUGACCUGGAGCCAGUCCCUUCCUCCCCUGAGGCUCAAGUUCUUGAGCUCCUUCCUGUGGCGGUGGAGCAGGCUGUGCAGACUGAUGUGCUGCUGUUCAGCCCCACAGUCUCUGAGCUCAUUCAGCAUGUGCUCAAGCUCCAGGACUGCUGUCCCUCAAGCUCAGCCUCCCCCGAAGAAUCCGGGGCCGACUCCACGGAGAGCUUCCCAGAGUCCAUCUCUGCCUUAAUGCUUGAUUUAACGCCGAGAAGCCUGAACUCGGCCCUCCUCCUGUCUCCCGUGGAGACCUCAUACAGCAAGAGGGCUGCAGAAGCUCCUCCGAGCCGCCUCAUGAGAGAGCUGGAUUUUGUUUCCUACCCUGCAGAAGAAAGGUUGGACGGCGGUAUCCCGCUAUCUCAGGGGACCGUCGUGAGGCAGUACUGGAGCAGCAAUUUCUUGGUGGAUCUCCUGGCUGUGGGUGCUCCAGUGGUACCCACUGUUUUGUGGGCAUUCAGUACUCAGAGAGGGGGAGUAGAUCCCGUCUACAACAUUGGAGCCUUGCUCCGGGGCUGCUGUGUGGUUGCCCUGCAUAAUCUCCGCCGCACCGCCUUCCAUAUCAAAACCUAAGUCCAAGUGGUCACCGUGUGCCAAUUUGUCCGUGCAGCAUUGUGCCAGGUAGAGAAACAGCAGGUCGAUCUGUGGCAGUGUCUAGCCUGUUGUUUUGCCCCUCAGUAUUGGAUUUGCACUAUAGUUAGUUGAAGCCUGUUCACUGUUUGAAACCGGAGGUAUCUUCAAAGGCAUGGAGACCUGGUCCCAGUUAAUGUCCCAGCAGUGUGGUAUAGAAAGCAUGCUCGUGACCCUGCCGUGUCGUCUGAAGUACCCGUUUGUAUCCUAGUGGUUCAGGAAGAGAAAAUGCAAAGUUUGCACUUUCAAGACAGCAUCUCCAAGGCUGGCAUGUUAUCUCCUUGCUCUGCUUUGUGCCGUUUUCAAAUGUGUAAUUGUUCCAGCAUUCCAAUGGUCUUGUGCAUAGCAGGGGACUGUAACCAAAAAUAAAAAUGUACUUGUGUAACUGGUUCAAGAAGUCUUGAGUAGCUCUUUAGUGUUUACUUGGGGUUGAUAAGGUUUGAGUGUUUGCAGUUUUUUACUAAAUGUAGCUCAAGUCUUAAAUGGCUGUUUGUUCUUAAACCUGUUAAUUGAUGGAAUCGUAUGUAAGAUUACAAUGUACUAACUUAUUUUUUGCUUAUUAUAUAUAGUGUUUUAUUGGAAAUUGUUUGUAAGCACACACUUCAGCAUGAUGAAAAUAAAGACCUAUAGUGUUUUCCUUUAAAUAAAUGUUUUAUCCUCCUACAGAAAAA